AUACUAAUUCAACUCACCCAACAGAACCCAACGCGUUUCUACACACAGUUUCACACCAUCUUCACUCGUACUGUACGAUUUAUAUAUCAACAAAAUCAAUCGAAGGUCUUCUUAUUCUUGCCACUCUCUCUCUCUCUCUCUCCUCUCUCUCUCUCUAAAGAACCCUAGCGACAAGAUUCAAGAUUUGAAAACACAGUACGAUGAUUCAUCAUCGGAUCAGACAAUCAUUCAUCUGGGCUUUAACACUCGCUCUUCUUCUCUCCGCCACUCACUCCAUCCGAAUAUUCCCACAAGAUUCUACAAACACAGAAUACACAGAAGCUCCAAUCUACAACAAUGGCAACCAAUGCCAGAAUCCGUCGCUAAUAAUACACAUAGCAAUGACCCUCGAUUCCAAAUACCUACGUGGAUCAAUCGCAUCCGUCCAUUCUAUCUUAAAGCACGCAUCUUGCCCGCAAAGCAUCCACUUCCAUUUCAUCACAGCCACUUCCGCCGCCUUCGAUCUCAACAACGUUGUCGAAUCCGUGUUCCCGAAUCUGUCUUUCGAGAUUCACCCGUUCGCAAACGAGGAGAAGAUCAAGCAGCUGAUAUCCCACUCUAUUCGCCCGGCUUUAGAAGAGCCGUUGAACUACGCAAGAAUAUACCUUUCGGAGAUUCUUGAUUCGUCCGUCGCCCGCGUCGUUUAUAUCGACUCCGAUACUAUAGUAGUGGACGAUAUCCGAAACUUGUGGUCGACUGCUUUAACGGGUUCUAGAGUAAUCGGAGCUCCAGAAUACUGCAAUGCGAACUUCACAACGUACUUCAAUAACGGAUUCUGGGCCGACCCGGUUCUCUCGAGCGUGUUCGCAGGGAAGAGGCCUUGUUAUUUCAAUACGGGUGUGAUGGUGAUCGAUCUGGAGAGAUGGAGGAAAGGAGACUAUACGAAGAGAAUCGAAGGGUGGAUGGAGAUUCAAAAGCAGAGGAGGAUAUACGAGUUGGGUUCUUUGCCGCCAUUUAUGCUGGUUUUCGGUGGAGAUAUUGAAGGGAUUGAUCAUAGGUGGAAUCAACACGGGCUUGGUGGUGAUAAUUUGGUUAAUAGUUGCCGGAGCUUGCAUCCGGGUCGGGUCAGUUUGCUCCAUUGGAGUGGGAAGGGGAAACCGUGGGUUAGGCUCGACCGGGGCAGCCCUUGCCCUGUCGAUCUUUUAUGGGCACCUUACGAUUUACGAAGAACGAAUAUGUGAACCUGGGGUUCGAUUUUUUUCUGCUACAUCAUUCUUUUUUUUUAGAAAAAAAUAUUCUUUUGUAAAUGAAAAUAGGGAGAGAUAUAGGGUCGAGAAAUGAGAUUGUAUGUAAUGUUACCAACAUCAGCUACUCGUAGCACGGAGGAUUUUCAUUUCUCGAAAUCCCCUGUACGAGGCAUUCUUUUUGGAAUUCAAUUGAAUUUAAAUCUGAAUUUUUCGAGUUAGAUAUGCAUA